AUGCCAUCCCACGACCCACGAUCCAGCCGCGUGAAUGAACUCCCAUCAGCAGCCAUGCCGCACGUAGUCAAACCCUUGGCGCCAAACUACGCCGAAGAAGAACGACAAGCAGCAGACCUCAAACUCGCCUCAAUAGCCAAAGCCAAAGAACAAGGUCCCGAUAUUCAAAAAGGAUCCGAAGCAGCUCAAUUGCAAUCGGAGGCUGAUCGGGCUUCGCGGGCUGCUCAACGGGAUGGUGCGAGGGAUACUAGGGCAUUUCCUAAUGCUUUUGCUAGUGCGAGUGAUACAAAGGAUGAGGAGCGGCAUUUUGGGGAGAUGGUGGCGGAUGUGGGGCAGAGGGCUAAAGAAACUAGGCAGGGAAGGGGGUUUUGGGGUAGGCCGUUGUAA